GGAGGAGGUGGAAACAGAGGGGUACGUGGUGUUGAUUUUGGUCUUGGUAUUGGAUUUAGCUCGGAACCAAGUGGGGCACCAUCUUUUAAAGCUGCGUCGAGUAGAAGCGGGGUGAUCAAUUCCGUGAGAACUGGAGUAAUGGCCCAAUUCAAGAAUAGCUUUGUAGCCGCAACGCCAUCCAAUCCACAAAACCAAGCUUAUCCAAACAAGAGACCAUCCCUAAUGGGGUUUGUCUCAGGUGGUACCAUUGGUGGGGACAUGGGUAGAACUCAGAGUCAACCUCCUCCCCCAGUAGCACCUACUCAAAACGCCUCAUUACAUAACUCCAGUCAGGAACAUUCACAGAGUUCGGAGAAUCGGCCUAGAGAGAGGAAGAGAAGAUCUGGUUGGGAUAAUUGAGUGCGCCACGUUUUGCAUGAUAGUUUGAUGAAGUGGUUUACGCAAAUGUGUAACGAAAUGUUGUAUAAUUUGUUUUUAAAAUAUUGUUGUUUUAUCAUUUUCGUAA